AUGCGCACAUGCAUUAAUUUCGUGUGGGAAAAAGGGGUGUUUCGGCUGAACACUGGCGCUGUCCAUGAUCUAAACAGAGCAGUCGCCAACUUCUGCAUAUUCUAUGUUGUGUACUGGGGCCUCGAUAGUAUGCUGGUAACGUCUCCCCUAAAAAGAGUGAACUCCGAUGAUGUACCAGAACACAUGCUUCGGUUUCGACAACACGAUGCUGUCGUUUUCACAGCCCCUAAAUUAUGGAGUAAGUCCUGUGCUGUCGGGGGUGGCGGUGGUGGCGGCGGCGGGUCCCCAUCCCACCUCCCUCCUCCCACCGAACCGCGCUGA